AUGGCGGCCACGCGGGUGUCCGGGGCUCGAGGCGACGGUCCGACCUGCAUCCGUGGGCGUAACUCUGAGAUUUCCACUCCUAAGGAUGUGUUCCAGAAGCCAGUGGGCAAAGAUGAAUUUGUUAAAGUUCGAAAGAGAGAUCUGGAGAGGCUGACAACAGAGAUGAUGCAGAUCAAGGACUUCCUGCCCAAGAUACUGAACAGAGACCUGUUGGACAGCUUUCAUCAGCUGGACGUUGCUGAAACAGCUUUGGAGAAGCGGGAACAGGAGAAUGAGCAGCUUCGACUCGACUGUGAUCAUUACAAGGCCCGGCUGAAAACCGCUCAGGAAGAUUGUCAAAAGGAACGAGAGGAGAAGUUGUCGUCGAGGACACUGUUGCAGGAAGCAAGGCAGCAGCUGCUGCAGCAGGCGGAGUACUGCACCGAGAUGGGUGCUGCAGUCUGCACCCUGCUCUGGAGUGUCUCUAGCAACGAGGACUCCGUUAAAUUCAUCCUCGGAGGCAAUAAGGCAGAGAAGUUUUUCAGCAUCGUGGGACAGACGAUAGAAAGUUUUGUGAAAUCCCUGGAUGGGAACAUCAAGGAAGAGCUCGACCCCGACUCAGAUGAGAACCAGUUUGUUCUGGCAUUGGCUGGCAUUGUAACAAAUGUAGCAGCCGUGGCGUGUGGCCGUGAGUUUCUGGUGAAUUCCUCUCGGGUCCUGCUGGAAACUCUGCUGCAGCUUCUGACAGAAAUGAGAGCCGGCCUGUGCACAAAGCUCAAAGUACUGAUAUUGAUGUGUCUCUACAAUGUCAGCAUUAACCUGAAAGGCCUGCAGUUCAUCAGUGAGAGUCCAGGCUUCAUCCCUCUCCUAGCCUGGCUUCUAGAAGAUCCUGACGCGGAAGUCUGCCUCCAUGUUUUGCGGCUGAUCCAAUCUCUGGUUCUGGAGCCGGACGUUUUCUCACGAGUGAAGCCCCAGAUCGAUCAGUCGGUGCCCGAGCAGCGCAUCCGCGACCUCUCCAACCACCGCCACCCUGAUCUCCGCGGCCUGGCGACCGAACUCCUCGACGACUUGAGGGCGCUCCAUUUCUAAACCUUACUUUUGCAAGUGGACUGUGUUGCAGUAAUUUAUCUGCCUUUGAAAAUGUUUCUGAGGUUCAUUUCACAGGAAGCAGAGUGUGUGAUGUGUCUUAGGGCCUGUUUAAACUACAAUGGUUGCUGUCUGCAGUGUGUAGACCAGGGUGGCUCUUUACAGUGUGUAGACCAGGGUGGCUUCUUUACAGUGUGUAGACCAGGGUGGCUCUACUACAGUGUGUAGACCAGGGUGGCUGUCUGUAGUGUGUGGACCAGGGUGGCUCUACUACAGUGUGUAGACCAGGGUGGCUCUACUACAGUGUGUAGACCAGGGUGGCUCUACUACAGUGUGUAGACCAGGGUGGCUCUACUACAGUGUGUAGACCAGGGUGGCUGUCUGCAGUGUGUAGACCAGGGUGGCUCUUUACAGUGUGUAGACCAGGGUGGCUGUCUGCAGUGUGUAGACCAGGGUGGCUGUCUGCAGUGUGUAGACCAGGGUGGCUCUUUACAGUGUGUAGACCAGGGUGGCUGUCUGCAGUGUGUAGACCAGGGUGGCUCUACUACAGUGUGUAGACCAGGCUGGCUCUACUACAG